AUGUGUUCGACUAGGAAGGGAAUUAGAGUGACCAAGUAUUUGUUGGCUGGUGUUACAGUUUUCUGUGUCAGUUGGAUCGCAUGUGUCAACGAGUGGAAUGCCAGAUCGCACUGGAAUCCUCCACAACGGAGAUACUCCACCAUGAAGACGAUUGUUGCCUACUCGGAAGGCAAGCAGGCGGAAAUGGAUAGACCGUCUCCUGUCACUUGUGACCGACUUCCGGACUACCCUGUCAUACCGGAAAUUAACCGCACGUGGUCACCCCAUGCUGCAGAAGCCCUUUGGCAACGAGUAGAAGGUACUCCAGUGUCAUUAUAUGCUGCGUAUUACGACGAGAGGGCGCCACAGCACUACGUACGCGUUCUCGCCAUUUUCCACGGUCGUAAUUUGUCUUCAUUGGAAGAUCUUUACUGUCAAACGCGCGUCCUUCACGACGGUGACUCCGUAGAAGUAGUAGCUGCAAAGCCCUUAGAAAUCUGGUGGCAGGAUUGGGACAAAUCGACUAACGAAGUUGAAACGCCCUUUCUUCUAUCAUGUCCGCUAACAGAACCUUUGAACAAUAGGGCCGACGUGUCGAUUGUCACAGAGCCUUGCGAUAACCCGACAAAUGGAUUCCAUAUCGGGCCAAAAACAAAUAACAACUAUCAAAGAUCGUUUACUAUAUGUGUCAAAGAUAUGAAUUUUCAAAAGGACAUAUCCUCGUCUCUGAUAGAGUGGAUAGAAACGAAUCGACUUCUAGGCGCAGAGGUUAUCGAUUUUUACAUCGAUAGCGUGAAUAAAAAUACAGAGGCUACCUUGCGUCGUUAUCAGUCCCAAGGACUCGUUAGACUAUUUCAAGUUCCUAUUAAAAAUACAGCUCGACGUUCCCUCUGGCAAAGGAGACGAGAUCAUUUAGUAUCGUAUAACGACUGUCUGUAUAGAAAUAUACUAGAAACUGAAUUUAUUGUUCCCCUAGAUGUGGACGAGGUACUAGUUCCUAAAAUAACCAAUAAUUGGCAUGGAUUAUUAAAACGAUUGCCUCUCCAAGGUUGGGAUCCUCAUCACCACUCUGCUAUAUUAGUGCGUAAUGUAUUUUUCUUUGACUUUAUGCAACAUUUAUAUAAGAAUAAUAAAACUAGUAAUAAUAGAAAUAGGGUGAAACUUUAUAUGAAGCGCGACGACGUACGAAUAGAUGAUGAAGUUUUAAAUGAAAUAGUUGAUCUUCAUAGUACAGAGAAAGAGAGUAAUAAGCACAUUACCGAAAUGGGGAAAGAUGAAAAUGACUGUACAAACAAUUUAGAUUUGCCAAAAUUAUCUCGAAACAUUGUAAGCUCGGCCACAAUCAGCCCUAUAGGAUAUUACAGCAAGAGCUUUAUGCUAACUAGAAAGGUUUUAACAGCGUUUAAUCACUACCCUUUGGCCAGCAUUGGUGCAACGGGUUUUACUGGUUGGGCGGCGCCAUACAAAGAAGUACAACUCAAUCAUUACAAGGAAACCUGCAACUUCACGAUGGUGCCGGAAUGUGCGCAAUACGUUAAGCGCUCGCGCAUCGACCGCUCUGCGCUUCACCUCUCAAGACGGCUCGCACGAGCCAUCGCCAACACUAUCUGCAAAUAA